AUCGAUUUGUUUUUUUUAGCAUUUAGAUCAAUAUUUUUUGAAAAAUCAAUUAAAAACUGUUUCCUUUGGGUCUGAUGGUAGGACACCUGUGGUCUGCCUCACGAGAAGACCACAUGAUAAAUAUGAUUAUAAAAGAAAGACGUUUAUUUGUGGUCGUCGGGGUCCAUUGGCCAUAUAUAUUAUUGGCCAUGCGAGAAGCGGAACUCGUAGUCUCCCACCAAUAAAGUCGGUACUGCAAAUUCGUUGAAGUCAACCGAUAUUUUUCUUGGUCACCUAAUAAAGCUUUUCCUGGAAACUGUUAAUGGGUUUUUUGAUAAGUGUUAAUGGGCUUCUUUUAUUGGGCUUAAAAUUUAUGAGCUUUUUUCUCUAAAACGGUGUCGUUUAAUAGAAACGAACGCGUUUCCGCUUCUCUUUCGUCGGAGCAGUCAAGACAGAGAAUAAACUCAAGAGGAGGAGGAAGAAGAAGAGGGUGUAGCAAAGACUGAGAAUGGAAAGCGUGGACUCUAAUUUUCCUGUGCGCCAUAGAAAGUUUUCACUAGAAAUUAAGGGAAACAAGACAGAGAUAGUGAUAUGCAGCUACGAAGACCAUAUCCUUGUGAGUUGUGUCAUAGCAACACAGAUUGGUGCCAUGGGAACUAUAUUGCACGCAAGGAAGGAAGAAGGGAUGUCUGUUGAACCAACAUUCAGUGUCUCAGUGAUAUUCGGAAAGCGAGAUGAGCCAAUGCUGAUAGCAACUGCUCGAAGACUCAUUGACCACAUAAGUUCUUUUGUUCCCUCGAAGCCUCUGGUUCUCUCACUUGGUCUCAAAGAUCAUUCUUCGAUUCUUCUGUGUUUCCUUUUAUUGUAGGAGACGUUAAAGGAGAUAGUAGCGGCUGUGAUCGAGAAUCGCCUUUGGUAGUAUAUACAUUCUUAUGAUCCAAUGAAAGGACAACUAGAACAUGUUGUGUGUUUACUUGAUUGAUAUUAUUACUGAGAAUUGAUUUUUCUAUUAGUUUGUUAAAUCCACAUUGUUUCGAGAUUUAAAAAAGAGUUGUCAUGAAAA